AUGGGUUCCAUGUACAGCAUAACGCCAGAAAGUCCUGAAGAAAGUUACUUUGUUCCUUUAGCAAUCAGCCGUGAAGAACUCAGAUCGGUCAACAAUGAAGAGUUCAGUGCAGAAGGCAGCACUGUUACUCUGUCCUAUAACUACACCAAAGUGAACACAGGGGAUUAUUUCUUCUGGUAUCGACAGUAUCCAGGACAAGCACCAGAGUUCCUCCUGUACAUCUCAGGGUUGAAUGUGACAAGCACGUCAGAUUCUCUGAAGUCAGAACAAGCCAUGGGUUCCAUGUACAGCAUAACGCCAGAAAGUCCUGAAGAAGUAGUUUCAGAGGGAAGACACAUCAACCUGACCUGUAAAUAUAACGGAUCCAUCUACAACAUCCAGUGGUACCGACAACAGCAGAGAUCCAGACCAGAGUUCCUGCUCCUCAUCACAGAGGACGGAUCCAUUCAUCCAACUCUACUUACUGACAUGAAUAAUACUCAUCUUGCAGCCAUGGGUUCCAUGUACAGCAUAACGCCAGAAAGUCCUGAAGAAGUAGUUUCAGAGGGAAGACACAUCAACCUGACCUGUAAAUAUAACGGAUCCAUCGACAGCAUCCAGUGGUACCGACAACAGCAGAGAUCCAGACCAGAGUUCCUGCUCUACAUCACAGAGGACGGAUCCAUUCAUCCAACUCUGUCUGAUUUCUCUGCUCACAUCAACCAAACUGAGAAACGAGUCAAACUGCAGAUCUCCUCUGCUGCAGUGACAGACUCUGCUGUGUACUACUGUGCUGUGAAGCCCACAGUGACAGGAAACUACACAACUCUGUACAAAAACUCCAGCUGCCAGAAGCCUCCUCUCCUCACUGCUCACCUCAGCUUCUUACCUCCACUAGAGGGCGAUAUAACUCAGUAG